AUGGCAGUAUCGCACCUGUUCCGAAAGCUCGAGGUCGAGAGACCGGGCAUUGAUCCAGAGCAUUCGCUAUUGGUCAACCAGGAUCUGCUUCCAGUUCCCAGGGAGAAUCGCACCUGGACCAAAUGGACUUAUUCCCUUUUUUGGGUCGCUGAAUGCUUCAGCGUUACCUCAUGGACUGUCGCUUCCACCGGUGUUGCUGCAGGUCUGGCGUGGUGGGAAGCAUGGAUCUGUGUUAUCCUGGGUCACUUCAUCGCAGCCGUGCCUACAGUGAUGACGGGUCGCGGCGGUGCUGUCUACCAUGUUCCUUUUCCUGUCAUUGCUCGAUCCAGUUUCGGCGUCAUUGGCGCCCUCUGGCCAAUCUUCAAUCGCGAGGCUAUGACAAUCAUUUGGACAGGGGUGCAAAUGGUGCAGACUGGCAAUUGCAUCUACACCAUGAUCCUGUCAUGGACCAAGGGAAUUUCCAAAGUGCAUGACCCCUUUGGAUCAGAUGUCACCAUGACUGGCGGUCGACUCAUCGGAUUUGCGAUCGCCUGGGUGAUUUGUAUGGCCUGCACAGUGGUCCCGAUCCACAAAUUCCGCAAAGUCAUCUACUGGAAGUCCGUGGUGAUGUCGAUCUGUAUGCUUGCGUUCUUUGGCUGGUCUAUCCAUCGGGCCGGUGGUGUUGGCAAAAUCGUCCAUCAAGGACCACAGAUCCCAGAAGGGAAGUCUCAUGGCUGGCUCUUCAUUCAGCACAUCUUCGUCCAGGCGGCCAAUGUGGUGACCUUCGUGGCCAACAACGCUGAUUUGAGUCGAUACGCACGUCGGCCAAAUGACGCUCUUUGGACCCAGUUGAUUGGUUUCACGGCGUCGUAUGGCUUGAUCGCAUUUUUCGGCAUUCUUAUCACGAGUUCGUCCGGCAUCACCCUCGCCUCUGGCAAGCCAAACUGGGAUCCGCUGGGUAUUCUUGCCGGUUACUUGGACGACUACAGUGCCUCCAAUCGCGCUGGCGUCUUUUUCAUCUCGGCUGGGUUCUCCUUUGCCCAGGUUAUAACCGUUGUCCUGGCCAAUCUCAUUCAAUCCGGCAAUGAUGCCGCUGCGCUUGCCCCAAGAUACAUUUCCGUCCGUCGUGGCAUGGUUCUUGCCAUGAUCCUCGGCUUUGCAAUCACUCCAUGGAACUUGACCAAAUCCUCCUUCUCCUUCACCUCGUACCUCUCAGCCUACGCCAUCUUCCUCGCUUCAAUCGUGGGCGUCUUAAUCGGGGACUACUACCUAGUUCGCAAGGGCCAUCUCGAUCUGCGCUCGCUGUUCACCACCGACAAGAAAGGCCUGUAUUACUACAAGUACGGCUUCAAUUGGCGAGCAUACGCAGCCUACAUAAUCGGCAUGAUUCCCGCCUUCCCAGGCUUUCUCCAAGUCUGCGGAGUCAAAGGCGUCUCCAUGGGUGGGCAGCACUUGUAUUACUUUGCUUUUCCGAUCGGCAUCGUCUUCGGUGCUGUGGCGUAUUGGGGCUUCAACUUGCUCUCCCCGCCCCAGGGUGGCCUUGCUACCGAAUGGAAGGAGAUUGAGCCUCAAGGUACAGGCAUUGACGGCACCGAAGGCAUCGACUACAUCGAUGGAAUCAGCCAGCAGAAGAGUCGAGAGGACGAGACCAUCUAUACCAAAUCAGCCGAAGCCGAGGAGAAGCAGGUUUGA